GCUCGGAGUCCGUUCGGGGCCGGAGGCGGUCGGGGCCGGGCCCGGGAGGCGCGAGGAGCGCGGGUAGCGCCGCCGGAGCCCGCCGCCCGGGACAUGGCCAAGGCGGGCCGUGCAGGUGGCCCUCCCCCGGGCGGCGGUGCCCCCUGGCACCUUCGAAAUGUCCUCAGUGACUCCGUGGAGAGCUCAGAUGAUGAAUUCUUUGAUGCCAGAGAGGAGAUGGCUGAAGGGAAGAAUGCCAUCCUCAUUGGGAUGAGCCAGUGGAACUCCAAUGACCUCGUGGAGCAGAUCGAGACCAUGGGGAAACUGGACGAGCAUCAAGGAGAAGGGACCGCGCCGUGCACAUCCAGCAUCCUCCAGGAGAAGCAGCGAGAACUGUACCGGGUUUCCUUGAGAAGACAGAGGUUCCCAGCCCAGGGAAGCAUCGAGAUCCACGAAGACAGCGAGGAAGGCUGCCCGCAGCGCUCCUGCAAGACACAUGUCCUCCUGCUGGUCCUGCACGGGGGAAACAUCCUGGACACGGGUGCCGGGGACCCGUCCUGCAAGGCAGCCGACAUCCACACCUUCAGCUCCGUGCUGGAGAAGGUCACACGAGCCCAUUUCCCUGCUGCCCUGGGCCACAUCCUCAUCAAGUUCGUCCCCUGUCCUGCCAUCUGCUCUGAGGCUUUCUCGCUUGUCUCUCACCCCAAACCUGCCAACCUGCCCGAUCCUGGCUGGGCUCACCUUGGGCCCCCUGUCUGCAGCCUGAACCCCUACAGCCAUGAUGAGGGCUGCCUCAGCAGCAGCCAGGACCACGUCCCUCUGGCCGCCCUUCCCCUGUUGGCCAUCUCCUCCCCGCAGUACCAGGAUGCUGUCACCACUGUCAUCGAGCGAGCCAACCAGGUCUACAGAGAGUUCCUGAAGUCCUCUGAUGGGAUUGGCUUCAGUGGGCAGGUGUGUCUCAUCGGGGACUGUGUGGGGGGCCUCCUGGCCUUCGAUGCCAUCUGCUACAGUGCGGGGCCCUCAGGGGACAGCCCUGCCAGCAGCAGCCGGAAGGGGAGCAUCAGCAGCACCCAGGACACCCCAGUCGUGGUGGAGGAAGAUUGCAGCCUGGCCAGCAGCAAGCGUCUCAGCAAAAGCAACAUUGACAUCUCCAGUGGGUUGGAGGAUGAGGAGCCCAAGAGGCCGUUGCCGCGGAAACAGAGCGACUCCUCCACCUAUGACUGCGAGGCCAUCACCCAGCACCAUGCCUUCCUCUCAAGCAUCCACUCCAGCGUGCUAAAGGAUGAGUCUGAGACCCCGGCGGCUGGGGGGCCGCAGCUCCCUGAGGUCAGCCUGGGCCGCUUUGACUUCGAUGUGUCCGACUUCUUCCUCUUCGGCUCGCCACUGGGCCUGGUCCUGGCCAUGCGGAGGACGGUGCUGCCUGGGCUGGACGGCUUCCAGGUGCGUCCUGCCUGCAGCCAGGUCUACAGCUUCUUCCAUUGCGCAGACCCCUCUGCCUCACGGCUCGAGCCACUGCUGGAGCCCAAGUUCCACCUGGUGCCGCCUGUCAGCGUGCCUCGCUACCAGAGGUUCCCACUGGGCGAUGGGCAAUCCCUCCUCCUCGCUGAUGCCCUACACACCCACAGCCCCCUCUUCCUGGAGGGCAGCUCCCGGGACAGCCCGCCACUUCUGGAUGCCCCUGCCUCGCCCCCUCAGGCCUCGAGGUUCCAGCGCCCAGGACGGAGGAUGAGCGAGGGGAGCUCCCACAGCGAGAGCUCGGAGUCCUCGGACAGCAUGGCACCCGUGGGUGCCUCCCGCAUCACAGCCAAGUGGUGGGGAAGCAAGAGGAUCGACUAUGCCCUGUACUGCCCUGAUGUCCUCACGGCCUUCCCCACCGUGGCCCUGCCCCACCUCUUCCACGCCAGCUACUGGGAGUCCACAGACGUGGUGGCCUUCAUCCUGAGACAGGUAAUGCGCUAUGAGAGCGUGAACAUCAAGGAAAGCGCCCGCCUGGACCCCGCAGCACUGAGUCCUGCCAACCCCCGGGAGAAGUGGCUUCGUAAGCGGACUCAGGUCAAGCUGAGGAAUGUCACGGCUAAUCACCGGGCCAAUGAUGUGAUUGCUGCUGAAGAUGGCCCCCAGGUCCUGGUGGGGCGGUUCAUGUACGGGCCCCUCGACAUGGUGGCUCUGACUGGAGAGAAGGUGGACAUCCUAGUAAUGGCAGAGCCAUCCUCAGGCCGCUGGGUACACCUGGACACAGAGAUCACCAACAGCAGUGGUCGCAUCACAUACAAUGUGCCGCGGCCCCGGCGCCUGGGGGUUGGCGUCUAUCCUGUGAAGAUGGUCGUCAGGGGCGACCAGACCUGUGCCAUGAGCUACCUCACGGUGUUGCCCCGGGGCAUGGAGUGCGUAGUGUUCAGCAUUGAUGGGUCCUUCGCGGCCAGCGUGUCUAUCAUGGGAAGCGACCCCAAGGUCCGGCCGGGUGCAGUGGAUGUUGUCCGGCACUGGCAGGACUUGGGCUACAUGAUCCUUUACAUCACGGGACGGCCGGACAUGCAGAAGCAGCGGGUGGUGUCGUGGCUGUCCCAGCACAACUUCCCACAGGGCAUGAUCUUCUUCUCCGACGGGCUGGUGCAUGACCCGCUGCGGCAGAAGGCCAUCUUCCUGCGCAACCUCAUGCAGGAGUGCUUCAUCAAAAUCAGUGCGGCCUAUGGCUCCACGAAGGACAUCUCUGUCUACAGCGUGCUGGGCCUGCCUGCCUCCCAGAUCUUCAUUGUGGGCCGGCCCACCAAGAAGUACCAAACCCAGUGCCAGUUCCUGAGCGAGGGCUACGCCGCACACCUGGCCGCGCUGGAGGCCAGCCACCGCUCACGCCCAAAGAAGAACAACUCGCGCAUGAUCCUGCGCAAGGGCAGCUUCGGGCUGCACGCGCAGCCAGAGUUCCUGCGGAAGCGCAACCACCUGCGCAGAACCAUGUCAGUGCAGCAGCCCGACCCGCCCGCCGCCAACCCCAAGCCCGAGCGGGCCCAGAGCCAGCCCGAGUCGGACAAAGACCACGAGCGGCCGCUGCCGGCGCUCAGCUGGGCGCGUGGGCCCCCCAAGUUCGAGUCGGUGCCCUGAGGGGUGGGCUGUGCUCAGAGCAGGGAGCGGGGGGCCCAAUCAGGCUGCCUGCGGGGACGGGAGGGGGCUGCCCUCUCCCCGACACAGGCGUUUUCCUGCUUUU